AUUAAUUUUUCUUAUCUGCUAUUAUUUCUCUCUUUCACUAAUAAUAAUUUAUUAAUGCUCUCGUCGGUUCUCUGUAGUAGUAUGUGAGUUAAGCUACCUAUAUAUUAUCUAGCACAAAUUAUUUUUCGUAUGAUGGAACACAAGUCAUGGCUUUGGAAGAAAAAGUCAAUUGAGAAGACUAUGAUUGCAACAGACAAAGCAAAUAGAGGGAAUGAAGAUGAGCUGCAGGGCAUUUUAGCGUAUGAAGCUGAACUAGAGAGGAACUUGAAUAUUUCAAAUGAAAAGCUUUCUUCGGCACUAGCUGAGAUUAAUGCUAAAGAUGAAAUUGCAAAGAAGCAGACAAACAUUGCACGAGAAGCCAUUCAAGGAUGGGAGAAGGCAGAAGCAGAAGUAUUAGCACUAAAGCAAGAAUUGGAGAAAUCUACACAGCAGACAGUAGCCAGUGAGGAGAGAUUAUAUGGUGUUGAUGCAGCCUUAAAGGAGUGUAUGCAGCAGUUGCGUUUUGUUCGUGAAGAACAAGAAAAAAGAGUUCAUGAUGCGGUGACAAAGACAUCAAGAGAAUACGAAAAAACAAGAACAAAUAUUGAGGAAAAGUUAGCAGAGUCUAAUAAAAGGGUUUCCAAACUAACUUCUGAGAAUUCUCAGUUGACCAAGGCUCUUUUAGCAAAAGAAAAAACGAUUGAUGAACUACGUGCAAUCAGGUGUCAACUGGAUUCUGAUCUAAGCUCUGUUAUAAGUAGAUUGGAGGCAACGCAAAGAGAUAAUUCUUCUUUAAGUUACGAGGUUCGGGUUCUGGAAAAGGAGCUUGAAAUCAGGAAUGAAGAGAGAGAUUUCAAUCGACGAACAGCUGAGGUGUCACACAAACAACACCUUGAGAGUGUGAAAAAGAUCGCAAAGCUGGAAACAGAAGCACAAAGACUACGCAUGCUUGUCAGAAAGCGACUCCCAGGCCCUGCAGCCCUGGCAAAAAUGAAGAAUGAAGUUGAAAUGCUUGGAAGAGAUCCAACUGAAGUUUCUAGAAGAAGGUCAAACCCGUUUCCGGUUGCUACAAAGGAUUCUUCUUUUGAUACUUCAGGGAGACAAAUUGACUUUUUGACUGAGCAGCUGUGUGCACUGGAAGAUGAGAACAGAGUUCUUAAGGAAUAUAUCAACCAAAAAACAAACGAACAGUCAAAAACUCAGACACCUAGGAGUCUUGUUACAUGUCAUGAUUUUCCUAUUCACGCUUCAUCAUCUGACAUGGGAAGUGAUGAAAAGGCUAGCAUGGCUGAAUCCUGGGCCCCAUCUUGCAAGACGGUCAGCGCUUCAGACAUAGGUCUGAUGGACGACUUUGUUGAAAUGGAAAAGUUGGCUAUAGUUUCUGUGGAGAAACCGUUUACAAGUUCUAACCUUGUUACCGAAAGUCACUCAGAUUGGCUGGAAAACAUUUUGAAAGUGAUCUCUGAACAUUCUAGAAUAACACAAAGACUUUCUACAGAUAUACUGGAAGAUAUCAAAGUUACUAUGACACAAAAAGGUGACCUUGGUCUUGAAAUAAUUGCAGAAAAGAUGGAUGCAAAUAGUCAUGAAGUGAGCACCAAAGUAUUGCAUUCUGAAAUGAAUGGAUCAAUAGAGAAGCUCAUUGAACUAAUUGAAGGUAUUAGAUUAUCUGGAAAGGAUGAUAGUUCAUCAUCUCCAUAUAAAACUUCCGAACCACCUACAGGCUACACGGUUCGUGUCCUUCAAUGGAAAACUUCUGAGCUUGGUGCUGUUUUGGAGGCGUUUCUGCAAAGCUGUACUAGUUUGCUUAAUGGGAAGGCAGACCUGGAGAGCUUUGCUAAAGAGUUAACUUUGACUCUUGAAUGGAUUGUGAACCACUGCUUUUCUCUUCAAGAUGUCUCGAGCAUGAGGCGUGAAAUGGAGAAGCAGUUUGACUGGGAUGAGACUCUGAGCGAGAUUGAAGCAGACAAGUCGCGUUUGUCAGUUUCGACAACAGCUUCCCCUUGGAAUAUCAGAGAUAAUAGUUUACUGAACUUGGGGGAAGAAACUAAGAAACUGAACGAUGAUCUGAAUAGUAUGGAAUCUACAAAAAUGGAUUUGGAACACAAACUGCAAUUGGAAAUUUCCAAGAGCGAGUCUUUAACUAGUCAGCUUAAGAAAUCAGAGAAAAUGAUUGAAGAUCUGCAAACAGAGGUGGAGUCUCUAAAGCAACAGAAGUAUAUGAUUGAAGAUCGUAUGGAAGUGGAGGUGAAGGCUAAAAAAGAUCUUGAUGAACAGCUCAUUGAGGCUAUUGGUGAGUAUACUGAACCGCAUAUAAUAUCUGCCUCUAUGGAGGAGCAGCGAAGCAAUAACAGUAGUUCUAGUAUAGAAAUGGAGUCCAGAUAUCUCGAUGAACCUAUCCUGACCGAAAGCAUAAUAGAACGUGAUAUACAAGAAUGCAAGUUGGACGAUAAUGAAAAGAGGCUUCAAAGUGAGCGCGAAAUAAUAGCAGCUUCAGAAAAGCUAGCCGAGUGCCAAGAAACCAUUUUAAACCUAGGGAAGCAGUUGAAAGCAUUGGCUUCGCCAAGAAACGCAUUAGUCCCCGAUAGAGUUCUUUCUAACCCAACUUAUGAAGCUCCACCGUCACCCUUACCUGACAAAACAAACCAACGGAUCUCUCUACUUGACAAAAUGAUGGCAGAAGACGCAGCACGAGAUCUCCAAACCACUAAAACCAAAGAGGUCACACGUACCAUAACAUCACCGGUGGUCAGGGAUGGUAAUUUUAACAAUGUGAAGUCCCCGCAGAGGUUUCUAAGUGUAAAUGGAAUCAAACGUCAAGAAGAUGAAGAAGCUCUUGUAAAUUUCUUGUCUAUUGUACCAAGUAAGAAGAAAAAAGGUGGAGUGCUUAGAAAAUUACUGUGGAGGAGAAAAAAGAAGUAGCAAAUGAAAUGGCAUGUUUAUCCUUGAGCAUAUACGGGUGAUUUAGUUGUGUGGGAAUAAUGUGAUUUGGCUUUGAUUGGAGUCCCUAGAGAGACAGAUAUAUGGAAUUUUGUGCUAAUGAUGUGUAUAUAUAUAUUACUGUAACCUAAAGAAAUGGAGUUGCUUUUACCUAAUAAUAUGUACACUUUAACAAGUGGGAAGUUCAUUUAGAUGCAUCAUUGAUUCAUUGUAUUGAGUAUUUGACAUCUUGGGAAAAACCACCUUUGCAAA